GUCAGGUGGUUACAGUCAAGAUGGCGGCUUCCGUCUUCACGGGUGCGGUGAGAGCCGCUUCAGGAAUAUUACGGCCCCUGAAUGUUUUGGCAUCUUCAACCUAUUGGAACUAUGCCAAGAAUGCCUGUCUUAAGUCUGCACUGUGCACCAUUCAUUUUAGACAUAUUCAGACACCAGUUGUCUCCUCUGCUCCAAGACUUGUCACAUCUGUCAGAAGCCUGACACAUGGGCCGACUGCAGCAGUCCUUAAUAGAGUGGCCGCACUGGUUCCCAGUGUCCUGAAGCCGCCAGUCAGAACUCUAACAUACUGCAGCAAACGGAAAGGCAAGAGGAAGACAGUAAAAUCGGUCGUGCAUCGGUUCCUGCGACUUCAUUCUGGCCUUUGGCUGAGGAGAAAGGCGGGCUAUAAGAAAAAAUUAUGGAAAAAAACAACGGCAAGAAAGAAGCGCUUGAGGGAAUUUGUGUUCUGCAACAAGACCCAGAGUAAACUCCUAGAUAAAAUGACGACGUCUUUCUGGAAGAGGCGCAACUGGUACGCCGGUGAUCCUUACCAGAUGUACCACGAUCGAACGAACCUGCGAGUAUAGUUCAGAGCUUUCCUAGGUUCCCAACUGCGGAAUGUGGAUCUUUGUGUACAUGUCCUUGCAGAAGUGAGUAUGUGGUAAACUGUAAACUGUACCAUCUGAUAGAAAAACAGAAUAGCACCAUUGUGCUUUAAAAUAAAGGUCUAAGCAUUAAACAUCCUGGAGUUGGUCAUGGAACUGAAAGUUAAGUUUUUUGUGAAUUAUUUCCAAAAAUGGUAAUGGUUGUGAAGAAUCUCAAAUGAGGAAAAACAGGAAAAGACACUUCAAUAGUGGAGAGUUAGGAUUGCAUCUAGCACCUCGCAUAUGCUGAACAGACAUCCUGCGUGCCUAUCCUCAAUAUAAGGCAUGAUGCAUUUACCCUGGAACUCAGGAACCACCUCACAGUUUGACCUACUUCUGAGACUUCCCCACCCCAGUUUUGGGAAGGGUGGAGUUGGAUGGAGCAGAUAGAUGGUGGGGCUGUAUGCCUUGUCUCUGCCACGUAGGUGACUACCCAUCCCUCUUCAUCUUGGCUGUGCUUAUGUAAAGUUCGUGUCCCUCAGACUAUUCAGUGUGAACCUGUGGGGUUCCUUUUAACAUUACAGCCCCUGGCUCGUGUCACCUCCUGUCUCUUACUGCUGAGAGACUCCUAAGUGGGCCAGCUUGCCCACUUAAAUAAAUCUUAAUCCAUGCCACCAUGCAAUGUAGAGAUUGCCUGUGCUUUGUUGUAUAGCAGGUUCAAGUGGAAUGAAAAAGCAGUUGUAAGCAGUUCUGCGAAGGGGUGACACAGGGUAGCAGUGUAGUUUUAUCUUGUGUCCUGGGUUCUUUGUGUUCAUGACAGUUAUUCAUUUUAUUGUAACAGGAUACUUUUUGUAAAAGUAAACCACCUUUCCAUAUACCCUUCUUGAAACACAUAGCUAUAUAAU